UUGAGCGUGCCACACAGGAAGUAAACUCAAGCCAGACCCCCCCGACCCAGGACACAAGCAGGUUGCAAUUCGCUAGUUCGCGGAGUAUUUUGGUUCGUAAACGGCUCGUUUAACUUUCUGAUUGUGGUCUAUCGUCGAUUCAACAUGCUGAUCAAAGUCAAGACUCUCACUGGAAAAGAAAUCGAGAUCGACAUUGAGCCCACAGACAAGGUGGAGAGAAUUAAAGAGCGGGUCGAGGAGAAGGAGGGGAUCCCGCCACAGCAACAAAGACUCAUCUACAGCGGAAAACAGAUGAAUGAUGAGAAGACGGCAGCGGACUACAAGAUCCAGGGCGGCUCGGUGCUCCAUCUCGUGUUGGCGCUAAGAGGAGGACUGGCUCACCACACACACCUCUCCUCCUCGUCAUGAGCCGCCGUUGUCAUGGGGCCCAGCUGAGUGCCAACAGUCGAGGUGUCCCGUCACCGUCUAACCGUGCUACAGCACAGAGAUCUGAAAUCCCACGCUCCCAGGCCGACGCAAACGAAAGAAAGAAAAAAUUCAAAUGUCAACAGAAGAUGUUCGUAAAUGUUUUUUUUAAAACCCACAUUGGCCGAUCGGUUGAUGCAGGCACCCACGCAGUACAAGAGACAGUCUGAGUACCCUGUGGUCUUUUUGCUUGUGAAUAAAUGCUGAAGUUAA